AUGAAUAAUCCAUUACAUUUUCCAUUAUCAACGACUCACAAGGAUUAGGUUAAUUUUAAUUUCCACCCUUCUCAGGAAAAAUAGCCUCUUACUAGGAAAAAAGCUACAGUUAACAAAAUUAAUGCUAACGAGGCAAAUAGAAGUUCUAAAAAGAAAAUAAACUCAGCAAGGAAUGAUAAUAAUAUAAGUAUCACAAAUUAAACAUUAGUGAAAAACCAGGUUAAUAAUUAGAUUCAUCCUCAACAUCAUCCAUAACUGUCUAAUGCCUAUGCUACUCAAACAGCCAGAGUUGAUAGUUCACUUUAAUAAGUAUCGCAUGCAUAAAAUUUCUGCGGUUUAAACAAGAACUUGAAGAAUUUGCAAUUAAAGCAAGUUGACAAAAUUAAGAUUGCUUUGAAUUAGCCUUUAACUACCAAAAAUUCCUCCUCCACUAAGAAUUCUAGUGGAGCCAAAGCAACCUUCUUUAGUAGAGUUAACAACCUUGGAGGAAAUAACUCAAAAGUAUCUCGGAACUAAGAUACUUCGUAGCCAGCACCUAACAGCCUCAUGAGCAAGAUUCCAUAACUUACAUGCUUCAAUUAGACCGUAAUUGAGGAGUUGACAGAUUUUAAAAGUGAAUUUUCCGCAAAAGCUCUUGCUAAUCACCAAGUUGCUUCAAAUUCUCACAUUAAUCUAGAUUACUCACCAAGGCCAGUAAAGCUGAAUCUGAAGAUUAAAUCAGGAAGUAGCAAAGGCUACAUUUCAAAAUAAUAGGUAUCAGGGAAAAUCCCAAAUACCACUAACAGCGGAAGUAAUAACCACUAGUAAAAUAAUAUUACAAGAUCAGGGAUCCAAAAUAGUCAAUUGAUUACUCAUGACACAACAUAUAUGAUCGGUUGUAAUCAUAGAACUGGAAAUCUCAUCUAGAAUGAAUCGAUGAACAUGUCCAAUCUUAACCUAACAAAUGAAUACAGCUCACUUUCACCAACUAGUAACGGUGGUAUUAAUCACCAACUUAAUAGCUCUCUUCUUGCCAACCAGAAUUCAAAAGACCCUAUCAAUUAGCGUCUAUUUAGAAAAUAAAACAUAUUUGCCUCUCCUGAAACUGGCUCUCUGAGCAACAAUAUAGAUAAUAUAGUCAAUGGAAUAGGUUGCUAAACUACUAAAAGUGGUGGUGCUACGAAUAAAAGUUUUAAUCUCAAAAUAAAAUUAAAGAAUGAAUCAUCCUAUAAAAAACUUAAAUUAAGUUCGACCAGGAAAAACAAUAUACAAGGCAUGGGCCCGUCAAUCCUGAGAUCUAAUACUAAAGAUGAAAUCUUAAAUCAAUCUAACCUGAGUGCACCAAGAGAAGCUUAUAACAGUAAUAACAAAAUAGAUCAUUCUUAGAUGGAGACUUCGAAUAUAAUUGAUGAAAAAAUAUCGGACAUGAGUUUCUCCUAAAAUCUUAAUGAAAUAAUUGGUAGCCUUGAUGAAAAAAGCGAAUUUGUAAAAAUGAAAAAUGAACUAUAAGAAAAAGAUGAGUGUAUUUAGGAGUUGCUGAGAAGAAUAGAUCAGCUUGAUAAGAAGGUAAAUACUCACUCAUAAAAUAGAUUACCAAUUGAUAAAGAUUUUCAGUAACAGAAAUCUAUAAACAUAGUAAAUCUAGCUGUUAAAGGUCAACAAAAGCAGAUGAUUUCUCCUAUUUCAAAAUAUGCAAAAGUCAACAACUUUGUAGAUGAAAAUUAAUCAGAAAAAGAAAAUAUGAAUAUACUUUAAAACUUAGAUGAUAAUCAUGACCAAAGGGAGAAACUGGAUAAGAUCUAAAAUGUACUAAAUAACCUCAAUGUCAAAAUGCUGAGAUUCGGUGAAUAAGGUAAACUAGUUGAGGAAGAAAUUAGAAGAAAUCUAAAUUGCUAGUCCACUAACACUCUCACUACUGAAAGAUCUUUAGCUUAGUUAUCUGAAAUGAUGUCUAUUUAGGAUUACCAAUCAUGCAUGGAGAGCAGGAUGGACACAUAUACAUAACCAACUGAAAGAGACAGUAAAGAUACUUAACCAAAGAGCAAAUAUUAGAAUCAUUAACCAGUGGGAACUUCUCAUAGUCAUGGAAAGAAUAGUUCAUCAUUUAGUAAAACUUAGAACAUUAAAGACAUUUUAAUGAAUAUGCACAUUGAAGAUGAAGAAACUAAAGUGCUGAUUGAGAGUGCUACUGCCUCACUGAAUGUCUCGGUCUAGAUUAAUAUUGAUAACGAAUCAAACAUUGAUAAGUAGACUUAAAACAGCUUGAAAAAGGCUGACAAAAAAUAACUCAUUUAAGCAAUUGAAGCCUAGUAGAAAAGAUCUAAAAUUAACUUUAACAACAAAACUGGAAAACUAUAAAAUCUCUAACUUGGAAAAAUAAGUGGAAUGCCAAAUAUUUUUUAGGUUAAAUCAAGAGAAAAGACUCCUAUUGCUGGAGCAGGCAGUGAAAAGCCAUUCUAAAUUGUACUGAACCAGUCAAAUAUUUUGAAGAAGAAGAGUGAGCCAAGAAAAGAGGAGAAAACUCCUACUUAAUCAGGUAAUAAUCAAAUUAGUAAAGAAUAAUCAGAAAGCUUGAGAAUGGUUUAAGAAUAACUUGGUUAAUACCAGAAAAUAAUUAAAGAUCAAAGAAGUGAACUUGAUAAACAAAGAAAGAUGAAUGAAAAGCUCAAGAAGACAUUGGUUAUAAAUUAGAAAAAAAUGCAAUUAGCAUGA